AUGACUCGCGCUGAGACGCCGCCCAUCCUCCUCCAGCUACAAAAUGCGGAUACCUUGUCCUCCCAAACUGUCGCUUUAAGGGACCUGAAGAAUGAAACAAUUGGCCAUGACCAACGCAAGGAAACUUGGGUGCAGUUGGGGCUUAUCCCCGUAUUGGCCAACGUUCUUGCGUCCAAAAGUGCUGGGCUCCAGAGCGAUUCCAAACACCGAAAGCUACCAGGCUCUAGGGAAGAGGGGGACGAUGCCUGCCUACAGGCAAUCAUCCUUCUUGGUAGUUUAGCGCAAGGGGGUGUGCCGUUCCUAUCCCCAAUCCUUUCAAGCAACAUACUUCCGAUCCUCCUCUCCAUUUUAUCAUCUCCCGAUUGUCCUCAAUCCUUCGUUAUUCCCAUCCUCCGGAUUUUGAAUAGUGUGGCUGACCGGCUACCAUUGCAAACUCAGCAACAAUGGCCGAAGGAUACGCGGUUGGCGGACCUUCUAUUCUCAACAGAGCACAUUGGCUGCUUGGCACGUAUCAUUGGACAGGACUAUAGUACACAUGGCCGCCUGGCAUCUAUUGAGCUUGCUGCGGGCCUCAUUGGGAAGCUCUGCACAGAGGAAGUUCACAAGGCAGUUCUGGCGGACUGCGGGGUAUUGGAUGCCCUGGCAGUUAAGGUCGCGUCUUUCAUAGUUGCACAGGGUUUCGUAUUCCCAGGUGCCGAGAAUCACCUAGAGGACCCGGGUGCACUGCGUUCGUUGCCGCCACCUGCGCCUCGUGGGGCUAAACUCGCGCCCAUUCUACGUGCAGUGACGGUCAUCAUUGAGCAAUCUAAAUGGCGGGCGGAGCACUUCCUUUCGUCUCCUGGGAUAGUGACCGUUUUCCCGCGACAAAUACCUGAAUUCGCUCCUUCCGAUAUCAAGAAAGGGCCCUGGGGAUCCACGUAUCUUUCGGGAACAGCGGUACCGCGGCAUCUUGGGGGCACGCCUUUAGAGUACCUCCUUCCAUCGGUUCCCCUAACGCAGCUCAAAUCCUCAGCCAGCACCUCAAGCUUCCCACCACUAGGUCAAUAUGGGCAUCAGCGUCGACAAAGCCAUUCCUUUCCUACUCCGCUCACCAGCUUUGACUCGCCAUCAGCCGAAGAUGACGAAAACCCCGUUGUCCCGUGGCUGUUAUAUCUUGUCCGUGCGGAAAAUGGCAUGACUCGUCUAAUGGCAGCUCGCCUCGUGACUGUGCUUUGCCGGCUGGGACUCACGAAAAAACACAGGGUUUCGAUGCUCUGUUAUCUGCUGAUACCAAUUUUGCUUCGCAUGCUUGAUAAGGACUACGAUGCAUCUGAAGAUGGGGUCCAGUAUGGUGGACUUAUUCCAUCAACAAAACGCAUUAAAGAAGAAGCUCCGGGUGUACUUGCUGCCUUGGUCGUCGAUGAUCAAGAAUUGCAGAAACAUGCGGUUGAAGGAGAUGCAAUCAAACGGCUAUCUCAACUUCUCAAGGAAACAUACAACCCGGUUCAUGAGCCGUCACGAUCCAUGUGGCACGCAGAAGAGCAGCCAACCACGGAAAGCCUUAACGCAAACCCGCCGGAGUGUCGACUUGGCCCCGCUGGUUACUCACCCCUCAAUUUUCACAUAAUGAGAUAUCGAGAGAAUAUUCUCAAAGCAUUAGCUGCAUUAGUGCCCUUCAAGGACGAGUAUCGCAAGGCGGUCUGUGAUAAUGGAGUUGUCCCAUAUAUCAUCGAUUCUCUCAAGCCAUUUCCAAACACUCUACCAGCCGAACCUAGCCACGGAAACAGUACAAGUGAUGGGAACCCAACGCCGACUCUGCUGGCAGCCUGCGGCGCUGCGCGAAUGCUCACACGUUCAGUGAGCGUUUUAAGGACGAGUCUCAUUGACGCUGGCGUCUCGACUCCUUUGUUUGUUUUGAUUCGCCAUCCGGAUAUUGAAGUACAGAUUGCGGCAACAUCUGUUAUUUGCAACCUUGCUCUUGAUUUCAGUCCGAUGAAAGAGGCAAUCAUAUCUGCCGAAAUCCUUCCCAUCUUGUGCGAGCAUGCACAUUCCUCAAACACUAAACUCCGGAUUGAAUCCCUAUGGGCGCUGAAACAUGUCGCUUACAAUUCGAAGAGUGACGUCAAAAUUAAGAUUAUUGAUGGUCUAGGACCGGACUGGAUCAAGCAGGUCAUUUCCCAGGACCCGACGAGUGUCCUAGCUAAACGAGGACCUGACGAGGAGACAGACAGCAGCACUCCCGGUGGAAUGAGCCGAGCCAACUCGGCUGGGGAGCGGGUCGACCUUCUGAAUCCAAUGGACAAUCUUCAGGAGGGCGAUGAGGAAAUGGCUGAUACUCUGCCUACAUCAAAAUUCAGUCUGGAUAUGUUCCUUCCAGACACAACCAGACGGCGCAAGCUUGCACUUCACGGCGAUCUCGACCAGACAACUCAAACCCGCCGGGAUGAUAUUGCGGCGCAAGAACAGACCCUUGACCUUUUACGCAAUGUCGUCUGUGGACCUGAUGCACCGGAGAUGAUCGACCAUCUCUUGAAGGCGAUCGGUCAGGACUUUUUGCUAGAUGCCUUGGCAGACAAACUGCGCCCUCGUUCCAUCCAACUGCCACAUCGGCGAGACUCGCCAAAUAACCGCACUCUCCAGGUCCCAACCGAGAUUCUGGUCGCGGUGACGUUCUUUAUUAUCCAUCUCGCCGCAGGUCUCCCGUGGCAUCGUCAGCUCAUAGUUUCACACCGGGACCUUCUCCGUUAUUUGAUGGGCUAUUUCAACCACAGUCACCGAGAUGUGCGGACGAACUGUGUGUGGGUAGUAAUAAACCUCACAUAUGAGGACGAUGCCAGCGAUCGAGAGGGUUGCCGGAAACGCGCUCUCGAACUGCGCUCGAUUGGGGUGCUCGAUCGACUGGCUAGUCUCGAGCAUGACUCGGAUCUCGACGUUCGAGAGCGAACCAAAACAGCACUACAUCUGGUAAACUCGUUGACUCAUUCUUAG